AUGAAGGAAAAAGGAGAAGAAGAACAAGGAGAGUACUGCAACUCAACAAUAAUAUUACCUGGUGAAAUCCUGUAUGAGAUAUUAACUUAUGUGCCUUUCGAUGAUCUUCUCCGGCGAUGCAGAUGGGUUUGCAGAGAAUGGAAUGGUCUCACAUAUGACUCCACACUCAGACGCCUCCAUUGUGAAAGAACACAAUCAGUUUCUGGUUACCUCAUUGAAUAUCUUACCAAGAAUACCACCUUCCACAUCAACUUUGUCCACUCCAUUGCAUCCUCUCCCUCAUCAUCCAUCUCUCUCGACUUUAUGCCGGAGAUGAACAUUAGGAUUAGAGCCUCUACUUAUCACGCACAAGGUCUGCUUUGCUGCUUCAGUGAACUCACACACAGGUACUAUGUGUGCAAGCCUAUGACGCAGCAGUGGACAAAAAUUCCAAACCCUACGAUUCUCGGUUACGGUGAGGAAAUGGCCAUAGCAGUAAUGAAAUCAAAUCCUUUGCAUUUCAAGAUCAUUCGAUUCUCACAGUGCAGAAACGAUUUUCUUUUACAGUAUUGUGAGAUAUUUGAUUCGAAGAACUGGGCAUGGAGGGUGCAUUCAGAAUUCGAAAGGUUUCCUUAUUUUAUUCACUUUGAUAAUGAAGGUGAGGUUCUUUUACAUGGCUCUUUUCACUGGUUAACUUUCAUUGAUGAACAAGAAAUAAUAUUUGCUUUCGAUGUUUAUAAAGAGAAUUGGAGGCUAAUCAAGGUUCCCCCCCGAUCACAAUUAUCAUCCUCAUCAUCAUUAGAGGAAGGAGGGGAUCAGGAAAAAGUAGCAGAAGCUAUGAAUUGUGAAGUUCCAAUUGAAAAAAUAUUGGUGAACUGUAAAGGGCAUCUUGGGGUGUUAUACACACCUAAAUUGCCGUGUAUGGAGCAAUGUUCAUGGAUUGAGGUAUGGGUGAUGGAAGAUUACUUGGAAGAGACAUCCUGGAAAAAGAAAUACAGGUUGAGCUUGAAACCACUAGAGCAGAUUGUGGGAUGGUAUUAUAUACUGGCAGUGGACACAAUGGAUGAUAGUAUUAGUAUUUUGGUGAGGACUUUUGACAAGCUCAUUUGGUACAAUUGCACCACUGGAGUUCUAACCAAAGUGAAGAACCUUGAAAUUCCAACAACUACUACUUCAAUUCGUUCUAUUCAUAAAUUUAAUUCCGAUUCUCUGCCUUGUGAUCUAGGUCCAAAAUAG